CUCGAAUCGUUACAUCGACAGUGGAUGAAUUCUCCAUUCCACUCUCGAUCGAGCAUUUGAAUUCAUUCAUCAAUUCAUCCAUCCAUCCAUCUUUCAUGUAAUGGAGCAAUUCAGGAAGAUGGGAGAGGGACUAGGGAGCUUGAAAGCCCUAAUGGUAUUCCGAGACAACAUCGAGAUCAACCCGAGGCAAUGCGGGUUGUUGUUCGACAUCUGCAAUUCGGCUUACGAGACCAUCGCAGAGGAAUUGACGCAGAGCCUGAAAUACGAGGAGCGCCAUGUGAAAUGGAAGGUCAUGGAACAGCCAUUUCGAGAGAUUUGCAGGAUCCUGAAAGAAGUCGAAGGUUACAUCCGGCUCUGCCUCGAGGCCAAAUCCGACGAAGGAUUGAUGUUGUGGAGCAAAGCUCUGCAUCUCCACCACAACAGAGACUGCGUCGAGUUCCACAUCCACAACUUGAUCUCCGCAAUGCCGGCGGCCAUCGAGGCAAUCGAGAUCGCCGGCGAAUUCGCCGGCUCCGAUCAGGAAGACACCCACCGGAAAAGAAAGCUGGUCACCAGCAAGUACCAAAAGGAAUGGACCGACCCGAAGAUUUUCCAGCUCAAGUUCGCGAAACAGUACCUGGUUUCCAACGAUCUAACCAGCAAGCUCGAAUCCGCGUGGAAUGAGGAUCGGUGGAUUCUGCUGAACAAGCUGAAGGGGAAGAAUUCGAGUUCCUGGUCGACGAAGCAGGAUCGGCAGCUGGCCGAUCUGAUCGCGAAGAGACUGGAAGGGAACUGGAAGCUCUUCCCGAGCUCGAUUCUGGUCGGCUCGAGGGAUUACCAGGUGAAGCGGAGGCUCGGUGGAGGAAGCCAGUUCAAGGAAAUUCAAUGGCUUGGCGGUGAAAGCUUUGCAGUCAGGCAUUUCUUCAUCGACAAUGUCGACCCUCUGGUUCCCGAAAUUUCUCGACUUUCGUCGCUCUCCCAUCCCAAUAUUCUGCAAUUGCUUUGUGGGUUCGCCGACGCGGACAAGAAAGAGUGUUUCUUGGUGACCGAACUGAUGAGCUGCAGAGACAUUGGGAGCUACAUCAAGGAAAUUUGUGGGUCGAGGAACAAAAGACUGCCCUUUUCGCUCCCCGUCGCCAUCGAUGUAAUGCUGCAGAUUGCUCGAGGGAUGGAGUAUCUCCACUCCGAGAGAAUUCACCAUGGCAAUUUGGAACCUUCGAACAUUCUCGUCAAGCCAAGAACUUCAUCCCCAGCAGCAGGGGAAGGGUACCUUCUCGUCAAAUUGACAGGAUUCGGGCUUUCAUCUGUCAGGAACAACACGAGAAAGAAAUCGUCAUCGUCGCCGAAAUCCGAUACCUUGUCGCCAUUUAUAUGGUCGGCGCCAGAGGUUUUGGACGAGCAAGAGCAAAAUGAUCAGAAGCAAGAACAACAGGUCAGCUUGACAAUAUCAAGAGAGAAAGCAGACGUCUACAGCUUCGCCAUGGUCUGCUUCGAGAUCCUGACAGGAAAAGUACCAUUCGAAGACAGCCAUCUCCAAGGCGAAAGGAUGAGCCGCAACAUUCGAGCAGGGGAGCGGCCAUUGUUCCCAUCUCAAACCCCCAAAUUCGUCGCUAAUUUCACCAAGCGGUGCUGGCACCACGACCCGAAUUGCAGGCCCGAUUUCUCGUCCAUCUGCAGAAUCCUUCGCUACACCAAGAAGUUCCUCCUCCUGACGAACACAACAAUCAACAACAACCCGCAGCAACAACUAGACGCCGCGGCGCUUUCUACGCCGAUUCUCGAUUACGUGGAGACCGAUUCGAAGCUUGCGCGGAGGUUUCAGAGCAAUGUGGACGCUUUGGUGCCUGUAUCAGAGGUUCCAUUUCAGAUGUUUGCUUACAAAGUCGCGGAGAUGGAGAAGACGAGGCCUUCCAAGCUCAAGGAGACGACUUCUGAAUCAUCGGGGAGCGACAGGGCAUCCAUGAGUGGAGAUGAAGCCACCUUUGUCGAAGUCGAAUCGUUUCCUUCGCCGAUACCCAGUCCUGACAGGAAUAAUAGCAGUAGUUGUAGCAGUAGCCGUAGGAUCCUGUCUUCGUCCCCUGAAGCAGCAGGUUAUAAGAGAUCCCCUGUUUCAUCCAAGAGAGCAUCUUCCGAUCCGUGGAAGACAUCGCCUAAACACACAGGGACACCAAAGGGGAGAGGUGUAAGGCCGCCACCUCUAGGACACAGUGGGAGCGGAAGGAAUUUGAGAAUGAAUUCGGAAAGCCAGCUGUUGAACAUGAUGAGUCCGAGGGUUACAAGGAAAACGACUACUGGGCAUGCCUCAGAUUCUGAACUUACAUAAAAAAAUUUCGAUUCGUCUACAUCGCAUUUUGACCAAUAUACAUUCCUGCAUCUACAUGCUUGCAAGUGUACAUUGCCCUUUCUUGCUCUCCUUUACAACCAUGCAAGGUAAAAAAGGCAUUUGUAUUUUUACCUUGGGAAUUUGUUCAAAAUGGAUCAUCUUUCGUGUUCUUAGACAUCUCUACAAAAGACAAAUCUUUAUUACUAUCAAGUCUUUUGUGAUGCGUUGGACGACUACUGAUUCAGAGGCUCAAAAAUGAUAAUCGUCAUAGUAACUAGUGAAAAUCUGACAAAACAUAAUCAC